AUGUCUCCUGCAAAGAAGCAGCGAACGGAGCAAGCUGAGGAGCUGGCAUCUUCUGAAGGAUCGUAUUCCUCUUCGCCCAUGUACGAAGAUGAGGGAGAGGAGUCUUUUCCGAUGGCGGCAGAGAGUGGGGAGCGAGUGCCGUUUUUCCACCGGUCACCCUCAUCUCCGGAACAACAGGCUGCCUCACAAUCUCCUGUGGAAUGGGAAUCGCACAAAAGAGAUGUUGCGUUUGAUCAGGCGACUAAAGUAGAGGACGUGGGAACAGCUCACGUCAGUGACUUUGCAAGCGAUGAUCCUAGUGUGAAGGACCAGCAGUUUCCGCUCCUCCGCAAUUGUUUUGACUCGUUUGAUGAGUUUGACUUCAGUUUUAGUGAUGAUCUCGAGAGAAUGCUGGCGUUUGCUCUUGGCACGCAUUCGAGAGCAGGAAACAACUCUUUUGUACGACUUCUUAACAGCAAUGUGCUGCAAAUGAUUCUAUGCUGCGAGCUCACGAUUGGUCCAACAAGAUAUUACAAAACUCUCAGGAGUGCUUUGUCGUGUGGGUCAGCGAAGUGCGCAGCUUUGGUCAAAAUCUAUGUUGAUCCCGGUCUGCACAUGCUGGAGGCGGAGGCAGAGGUCAAAGAGCCAACUCGUCUCAUCAUUCGGAGUCUGGCGCCACCUGAAGCGUCAGGAGAGAAAACAGUGUUCUCUAGCUUGCAGGGUCGGCCGCUUCUGCGAGUGUCAUGUUCCGAUGCUAAGGUGCACGUCAGCGAUGUAGACUUUAUCUUCAGACACGAUGGACCUUCUACCACGGACUUGAAGCAGAGGUGUAUUUGGGUUACAGAGGGCAAGCUGUUGCUACAGCGCUGUGGCAUCACCUCGGAUACUGGGAUUGGAAUCUGUGUUCUGAGGAGUGGCGUGGUUCGAGUUGAUCAAUGCGAGAUUUCAAACUGUGGGUUUGUUGGUAUCGCAUCCGCGCAGGGGGGGGUUGCAGAAAUCGUGAACAGGUGUAAGAUUUCGGGCAACAGACAUUUUGGUGUCCUUGCAACCGACUCAGGAUCUUCGUCGAUGAUACAAGAUAGUGAAUUCACUGGCAAUGGUACUUAUGGUAUCGGUGUUGGGGCAGGGGGGCAGCUCAAGGCUUUGAACUGUGAGAUUUCGAACAAUCAAGUUGGAAUAAUUUCGAAAGGCUUCGGUUCGCAUGUAAGCCUUCGUGAUUGCAAGAUAAACAGGAAUAGUAGAAUCGGUGUCGGCGUCAGGGAAGGUGCAUCAGCCAUGGUGCAAGGCUGCCAAAUGCAAAGGAAUCUGUAUGGUGCUUGUGUUUCGAACUACGAGUCAAUCAUUUCAUUGCACAAGAGUGAUUUGAGCGAGAACCUUACUCAUGGACUUGGUGCAAGCGAUGGUGGGACUGCGGAAGCAUUCUUUUGCACGAUGCAGGGCAACCAAGUUGGUGUGGUUUCAAAGGGUCAGGGCUCAACAGUUCUGCUUAAUUCAUCCAAAGCAAACAAAAAUCUUCGGAUUGGUGUUGGCAUUCGUGAAGCUGGCAAGGCAAAGUGUGUCCAGUGUGAGAUGGUUGAGAACCAGUAUGGGGUCUGUGCAUUGAAUUAUGGCGCAUCAGUGUCCUUAUUGAAAUGUGUAGCAAGCCAGAAUGAGCGCUAUGGUCUGUCAUCCAGUGAUGGGGGGUUUGUCCAAGCAACAGAUUGCCUCUUCGAGAACAAUUUACAACUUGGUAUUGGUGCAUGGCAUUCGGAGUCGCGGGUAGUUCUGGUCAGGUGUACAGCAAGAAGGAAUGGUCGCACCGGACUUGCAUCAAGAGUCGGAAGUAACGUUGUAGCAACAGAUUGUGCUUUCAAUUCGAAUCAACAAUUUGGGGUGUAUGUGUCUGGGGAAAGCUCUGUAAUCACUUUGAAGAAUUGUGCAGCAAACUCAAACGGACUGUAUGGAGUCGGUUGUAGUGAGGGCGGUCUUGCACAGGCAGCAGAUACGGUGCUGGACAAGAAUCAGCAGGCAGGUGUGGUGGCGAAGGAUGCCGGGUCUGCCGUAGCCCUAAGAAAUUGCAAUGCCAGCUCAAAUGGUCGCAUUGGUGUUGCUGCGAUAGUUGGAGGGCAUGUCGAAGCCGUUGGUUGCACUUUAAAACACAACGAAAGGGUUGGUAUUGGGGCUUGGCAUGCAGGCUCAAAGGUCACUCUAUUGAAGAGCGAGGCUUCUGAGAACGGAGCAACAGGAAUCAGUGCGAUCGAUGGUGGUGUGUUGCGUGCUGUGGAAUGCAGCGUCAUUGCGAACAGGAGAGUUGGGGUGGUUGCAAGGGAUGGAAAUUCAGUGAUUUCGAUGCACAAAUGCAUUUCGAACAGGAAUGGUCGGAUAGGUGCAGGUGCGAGAGGGCAGGGAAGUAUCGAAGCUGUCGAAUGCUUUCUCAGCGACAACGUCCAAUCCGGCGUGGUUGCUCAAGACGAGGGAUCAAAAGUAGCGCUGGUACAAUGUUCUUUGGAAGGGAAUGGCAGCUUUGGCAUUUCAGUUCGCUCUGGUGGACUUGCUGAGAUGGUGAGCUGCAUGAUUCGAAACAACAUGUGUGCAGGAGCGUACGCUUGCCAUGUUAACUCACGUGUUGCAAUGUGGUGGUGCAACACUCUCGACAACGGUCCUACCGUACUGAACUCCCGGGAUGGCUGUGUGGUCAAGAUUUUUGAUUCUCCGUUACAAGGCAGCUACAAGGUGAUUCAAGAUACCCCAUGCGACAUGGAAGGUGCUGCGUCUCUGGGAUGUCAAAGCAGCGUGGUCGACCUCGCGUACCCUGAGUUUGUCCAUUCUUACCAGAUCUCCGGCAAGUCUCAUUCCAAGUUGAUAUAUGACGCGUUCUUCCGAAUACUGCAAGAGAAUUUUCAACGCGUGGGUGUCAAGUAG